GUCCAGCUGUUGUGACUUCCGCUUCAGAGCCGAGCGAGAGACAUCAUUCAGGACGCGUCAGGUUCGGAUCAGACAUAGUCAGCGGGACUAUAAACGCGGUUCUUCCAAACGGGAAUCGACAAAAGCAAGCUCUCAGAGCCCCUCUUUCCCCCCCUCCUGCUUUCUGGAAAAGCUCUGCCGUGCUCCUGGAUAAAGGAGAAGCCUUUUUCCGACAGCUCUUCCAGCAAGAGAAGCAGAGAGCAGUCUCAGAGAGAGGACAGUGGACUCAAUGAGGGAGCCAGAGAGGGAGGAGCAGCUCGAUCCCAGCAUGCCCCCUAAAUUUAAACGGCAUCUGAAUGAUGAAGAGGUCACUGGUUCCAUUCGCAGUGAGCGGAGGAACCUUCUAGAAGAAGACUCGGAUGAAGAGGAGGACUUUUUCCUGAGAGGCCCAACAGGACCAAGAUUUGGAGGCCAAAAUGACAAAAUUAGAAAGGUGCAGUCUCAGGUUGAUGAGGUCAUUGACGUCAUGCAGGAGAACAUCUCCAAAGUGAUCGAACGCGGGGAACGGUUGGAUGAGCUGCAGGAUAAAUCUGAAAGCCUUUCGGACAAUGCAUCGGCGUUCAGCAGUAGAGCCAAGCAGCUCCACAGAAGGAUGUGGUGGAGAGACAUGAAGAUGAAAAUGAUUAUAGCGUUGGUGGUUGUCAUCCUUCUCCUCAUCAUAAUCAUUCCUGUGAUCCUGCGGUAUCGCUAGUGUCUGGCUGGGAGGUUAGAGGCAUGAUGUACGCUUCCUCCCUCCUUUCCCUCAUCUUUCUGCUGUCAUUCCUCCGUACCAGAGGGGGCGCUGCACAGGGUUGGGCUGCCCACUGUAUUUGCCUGUUUUGGCAGGGUCUGGAAACAUAACAAACAGGGGCAGAGUUAAAUUUGUGCGUGUACGACAACUCAACGUAUCAAGCUCUCAAAAUGAAGGCACAACACUGGUGCAGACCAAUCUCUUGUAUGCGCACAAACACAAUGGUUAUUUUGUUGUAUAUGCAUUCAGUAAAUUCAAGAUUUACUAUACGCAAUGAAACAUUGAUUCAAAAUUUUAGCUCUGCAUUCUGGUGGUAUUUCGAUGUCCUCUUAAUAGUUAAUUAGACAUUAGAGCCGUUCUGCUUAUACCAUGCUACCCAUGUUUAACAAUUCAACUGGAUCCAUUUCCAACAUAGGUAGGUCUAUGAAAUACUGUUUUCUCAGGUGGGUGGGGCCAAACAGGAAACCUGAUGACGUUACGCUGCGCCAUGCCUGUGAUGUCAUCAUCUGUUUGUAUGACUCCUGUAAGUUUUAACAUGGAGAAAACAUUGGGCAUAAUGUUACUUAAUAUUUGCUGCUAUUACCUGCUGUAAUGUUUUUUGCAUAUUUGGCUACAAAGUUUUAAUUGACUGGUUAAUUCUGUUGAGUUGGUUAUUUUGAUAUGAAGUUUAUCAUGAACAGUUUAUCAUGCUUGUAAAAUGGUUUAUGUAAAAAUUGUAGUUAUCUUCACUGGUGUAAUUUUAACAGCUUGUAUUGGUCAGUAAUGUAAUAGUUGUGUGUGAUGAUGAUUUGGUUGACUUGCUGAAGGUGACCUGAACACACCUGUACACUUGGUUUAAUCCUAUUAUUUUACUGACUGUUUUUUUUUUGUUAUAUUUAUUUGUAAAUAUCUAUUCCCUAAACAAGUCAGCACUGGCUUUCCAUUGGGAGACUGUGAAAUAAUCUUGCAUUUAAAUAAAGUGAUUUUAA